AUGCAGACGGUUGAGAUCAAAGUGAAAAUGGAUUGUGAUGGAUGUGAAAGAAGAGUCAAGAAUGCUGUCAAAAACAUGAAAGGAGUGAGAAGUGUGGAUGUGAACCGGAAGCAACACCGCGUGACGGUGAGCGGUUUUGUAGACCCGAAGAAGGUUCUAAAGAGGGUGAAGAGCACAGGAAAACGAGCCGAGUUGUGGCCGUAUAUAGCAUACAAUCUGGUGCAGCACCCUUACGUAGCUCAAGCGUACGACAAAAAGGCUCCGUCUGGAUUCGUUCGUAACGUCGCGCAGGCCGUCACGAUCCCGAAUUCAGAAGAGGAGAGAAUCACUUAUCUGUUCAGUGAUGACAACACAAGUGCCUGUUCUAUUAUGUGA